CACACCUGGUUGCUAUGGGAACUCCAGCAAGAGCUUCUCAAACAAAUUGGAAAUCAGGACUUCGUGAUACCCAGCAAGCCCAGCCUGGAUGGGUGGGAGAAUAUGAUGUAUCCGAACCUGAAUUAUCUCCCUUCCCUGGGAUACUUACUGCUGCCUCAAUUUCACAAAUCAUUAACACCGCAUUGCUUCAGGUUUAUAGCAUCUCCUGAUGCCAUUUUAAAAUACUUGCGAAGGGGAUAAUGAGUCAGAUGCACUGCGACCAGAAGUGGCCUCGGCUGAACCACCCUUGGUAGAGCUGCACUCCCGUGUCUGCGCAAUCAUCCCAGUGCACCUACAUAAUCAGAAUAAAAAUGACUACCUAAAUAACGGUACUGCACCGCUGGGAUUAUAUGCACUUUCAGACCAUGUUAAAGACCAAGUUGAAUGUCCUAACUCUUCGGAAAGAGCCUCUCCCAACAGUGAUCUUCCACGAACCAGAAGCCAUUGAGCUGUGCACCACAACUCCCCUCAUGAAGUCCCGGACUCACACUGGAUGCAAGGUUACAUACUUGGGUAAGGUUUCCACAACAGGGAUGCAAUUUUUGUCAGGCUGCACAGAGAAACCAGUCAUUGAAUUAUGGAAGAAGCACACGCUCGCCAGGGAGGAUAUUUACCCAGCGAACGCCCUUCUGGAAAUUCGCCCUUUCCAAGUCUGGCUGCAUCAUCUGGACCUCAAAGGCGAGGCGACAGUCCACAUGGAUACCUUUCAGGUAGCACGUAUAGCCUACUGCACUGCUGACCACAACGUCAGCCCAAACAUCUUUGCUUGGGUCUAUCGGGAGAUCAACGAUGACUUGUCCUACCAGAUGGACUGCCAUGCUGUAGAGUGUGAGAGCAAGCUGGAGGCCAAGAAGCUGGCCCAUGCCAUGAUGGAGGCCUUUAAGAAGACUUUUCACAGCAUGAAAAGCGAUGGCCGGAUCCACAGGAACAGCUCGUCAGAGGAAGUGUCUCAUGAAUUUGAAUCUGAUGAUGGCUGACUGAACUCAUUCACAGUUCAGCGAAGGCAGAAAUGGCCUAGGGAAUGAGAUCUGAGAGAUGAAUAAGCAACAAUUGAAAUUGGGGAAUGAAAGGACUGCCAAACACUUGUCUGACCAGCUUUUUAAAUCAAAAGAGCAAUUCAGUACCUACAGAUAUGCAUCAUUAAAGUAAUUACGUUACAUUGAAAUCUGCUGCUGUUGUAAAAGUGAGAAAAAAGCUCCCUCCCCCAUCUCUCUCACCCACCCAUCACUGUCCCUUUCUCGUCUCUGUAGUUCAGGUGCAUACCAUGAAGUAGAAUCAUUCCUGUUUGUCUUAUAAGACUGGUCAGGCAAUUUUAUUAGUUGCUCCUCUGGCAUUCCUAGCUGGGGGCUGAUGCUGAUGCACAAGAGCAAGUAGACCUGGAAAGCCCUAAUGGUUCCUGAAGAAUCUUUCUCCAUGAUGCAUCACAAAAAAACCUUUGACCGUACAUAGGCUAAGACAGCCAUACAUAGCCUUUUAGACUAAUGGCCUGGCAUUCUGCAGUUAAUUCACAUUUCACAGAUAAAAAAAUGAAAGAAGAUGCUUGUAUGUACACAUUAUAUCAUAUGCUAUCCUUUAUUUUAUUCAUUGUACCUAUUUUCUUAAUAUACCUGCUGCCACGUCCUUCACCCAACACCAGUAGUUGCAGUUUCAGACUAUAUACUGCAGGAUACCAAAAAGAGGAAAAAUACUCCGCAAUGGCUAGGUGUACAGCAGGCCAGCACCACUCUGUGUGUUUUCCAACCCUGAUGUGCUCCGCAGGAGCAGGGCCCACUGGUAAGAGUUGAGGGUCUGUUAGUGUUUGAACUGUGACUUCUCAUCAACCUCAGGUCUGAAGUGAUAUGAGCAUGGUAGCCUCAACUCCAUGUUACUGGUCUCCGCAUUGCUGGUCAAGUGGCCCUGGUGGGAUGGAGCUGGUAGUGCCUCGUUGCGCAGCCAGGGCUGCGUUACUGUAAAGAUCAAAGGAAACGGUCCCUUGGGAGUCAGGUUUGAACAUCUGUUCUGGUUGAGAAGCUCAUUUUAAGAUUCGCGUUAUCUUUCCUUUUUCACAGAUAUACAGAGUCAUGCCUUUCUUAAAUGCAGAUGUUUAAUAAAACUCAAAUAAAAGGAAAAA